AUGAAUAGCCUUAUUAAUACCCUAUUUGCCGUCGUCAAGUUUUCACUCUACCUCUUAAUUCUAUUCGGUAUAAUCGGUGUACUAAUCAUUUUCGUGGUUAUUCCGAAAUGGGUUCGGACAGAAGAAGUGCUUGUGCCAAACAUUACUGGCAAGACCUACUACGAAGCUGUCCGUAUCCUUGAUAACGAAGGUCUUCGGCCCGCGAAAGAGAUUCGCGAGGCGAGUAGUGAUGCGCCAAAAGGCGAAAUCGUCGCCCAAGAUCCAGUGGCGAACUUUAGAAUCAAGUCCUAUCAACCUGUUACAAUCACGGUCAGCAUAGGUGCAGAGUUGGCACCUGUCCCCUCUGUCAUCGGUAAAUCAAAGGAUGCCGCUUUUGAAACGCUGACAACUGCAGGCUUUCGUCGAAAUCGGGUCGCGGAAGUUCAUUCUGAAGCUUACCUACAAGAUACUGUCAUAGCGCAAACCCCACCAGAGGGCGGUGGUCAACGGCGCGGAAGUUCUAUUAACCUCUUAGUGAGCCUAGGUCCCACACCACAAUCCAUGCAACUCCCGAAUUUCCAAGGUCAAACUGCUACGGAUGCACUUGUUGCCUUAGAGGCAGCCGGACUAAAUGUUGAGACCGAAUAUAGUUCGCACCCCAAAAUCCCUGAAGGCGCAAUUAUUGCCCACAAACCCGCAGACGGCGUGAUAGUAAAAACCGGAGAUCUGAUCCUCCUCGAAAUUAGCGGGCAAGAAUCACCUGAAAACAUCGGUAGAUUGCUACCUUUCGAGCAUUCUGUCAGCGAAGAGGGAACGCUGUCGCACCACGUCAAGAUUGUUAUCAUUGAUGACUCAGGCCAACGUGUUGUAAUUGAUCAACGUUACGCACCGGGUGAAUUGAUUGACCUUGAACGAAAAGGGGUUCGAGUCUUCGGAAAAACGCGGGUGAUUGUCUAUGAAAAUGGCGAAAAACUACCUGAAACAGUUUAUAAAUAA